AUGUGUGCGCUGAGUGCCUCACAGGCCAACAAGGGAGCGCUGUUCACUAACGACACCAACGGCACCAACGAACCCAGAUCUGCUCCCAUCACGUCCUCUGUCGCAAGCGAGUUUCUCGAUGAGGCGAUACAACUUACCCCGCUGACUUAUCAAUACCAUGGCGGGGGAAGCGAGGGUGGAAUUAGCCUUCUGCGCUGUUACGGCAUUCUGUCUCUCAUCGGAACGCAGACCGGCGAUGCCCAGCUUCUCCACCGGUACCUCGGUCUGUACCACGGUCUCUCGGCACAGAUCGGACUACACAACGAAGAGAGAUGGCCCGCAGCAAUGCCCGGAACAGCGUCCGUGGCGGCACUCUCGCUCUGCGAACGAGAGACCCGGAGACGGAUUUUCUGGGUCGUCUACCGCAUCGAGGUGCACAACGCCUGUGUCCUCGGCCACCCGAUCCGGACACCUGAGUCGCAAACAUACGUCCAAUACCCCUGUGGCGUCCACCACCCCCUCACAUUCCUCUUCCCCAACCGGAAUGGCAAGUUUGAAAACUGGAUGGCUGGGUGGAACUACACGACAGAGCUCUACCGGAUCCUCGAGCACGCCAUUGUCGAUUUCCGGAGUAAGCGAACGAUGCACACGACCGUUCUCUGGAGGACCGAGCAGACUACGUCUUCUAGGUCCGGGUCCGGGUCCGAGUCCAGGUCGACGGCGAUUCUCCAGCAACUACAAAAGAUGCAGUCGAAUUUGUUGCCGCAGUUUGCCCAGGCGGCCAUGAAAUCAUCCGACAGCGGCAGUAACCGGAGCGGGUUUCAAGUCGCAAAUAUUCUGUGUACAAUCCAUUUAGUCAAGAUGGUCGUCUUGGCUUCCGAGAAUGGCCGCUUUGUCGAGGUUUGCCAAAAUGUCCAGGACCUCGUCGACAGCAUGGGGACCGUCCCACGAGACUACAUUCGAGCGUUUGGCACACCUGUUAUGCAGGAACUUCUCGGUGUCGGUUUUAUGCUUACGAGCAUGGCAAGUCGAGACCACAGCCUGUCCGACGAGGAUCAUUUUCGGUUAAAGGCCGUCAUGUAA